AUGAUUUAUGGUCAAGUGAAAUCUAAAAUCGAUACAGCAUAUGCACAUCGUCAAUGUCUUGCUAGCGAAAUGAUACCAAUCAAACAAAUUAUCGAAUUAUGUCCAGCUUUAUCAAUCGCAGACUUCAUGAUUCGUGAAAUGAAUCUUCAUUUUGAUCCAUUUCAUGGUGAUAUUCAAGCAUUACAAUCAACUUUUACAAAAUUGGCUACAACUCUGGAUCAUCAAGAAAAAAAAGACUACUAA